GUCUUUGCUUAGUCCAUUCCAUGUAUCCACACUCCUCUAUGGAAAACUGCAUGUCUUUCAACAAGUCCCCUUUCUCAAUUUCUUACUGUGUCCUCUUAGUUGCCUCCUCCCUUCCAUCGCGAUUAAAUCAUUUCUAUCCAACACUUCCAUGCCACUCGUAUUCUCUCAUAAAAAUUACAUCUCAUCCCUUCUCCAUUUUCAUACAAGACUAACCAUCAUAUUUUUUUAACAUUUCGGCGCCCAAGCGCACAGAUUCAACAAGGCUUUCGUAUGAGUUGUAGGAGGCAUUUCCAGGGGUAGUUUCAUGGCCCUGGUGGUAGUUUGACCCUUCUUCUGUAACAAGAACUUAAAAUACCACCCUUUAGAGCUCGACUGAUCUCCUUUUAUGCCUUUGGAAAUAGUUGAUGCGAGGUGUUUGAGAAUACCAACCUUAUUAGUAUCUCCAUCUCUCCAGUGCUUUCAUCUCCUUUAUGACAAUCUUCUCUCACUUAAAAACUAAUUAUCAUCCUUCUCCAUUUUCCUAUAAGACUUAAUGUAUCCAUCUCUUUGAUCUCAAUGUAAUGAACUCCAUCUCUCUGAUCCUUUCCUCUCUUCCUUCUCGUGUUCCUUCGGGUUGUCUUUAGAGGGAGAAUUAAAGGUUGGAAACUGGACUCUGAACUCAGACCCUCAGAGCUCAGCAUUCACCACUUCCAGCCAUUGUGUAAUAUAGUGAUAUCUGUAGAAGUAGUAGUAAUAGUAGUAUCAGGUCCUAUGCAUGCUUCUGAUAUAUUCCAAAUUUCUUCUUUUCUCUUAUUUUUACAUCAUAUUUCUCUCUCCUCUGUGCCGGCUCCAUUCAAACAAGACUUUCCGUAUCUCCAUAUUUAUUCAGUUAACUUACAUUGUGUUUACAUUAAUGCGAGAGAGAGAGAGAGAGAGAGAAUAUUUAUGUGUCCGGGGUUCAUGUGUCUGUGGGGUUUGUAAACAUACUGUGGGGUGACAUCCUGUGGGGCCUGUGGCUGAGAGAGAGAGAGAGAGAGAGAGAGAGAGAGAGAGAGAGAGAGAUUUAUGUCACUCAGCAUUGCACUGUCACUAUCAGGCUGCUCCUAACAUGUCAUUCACUGGAGGUCACUGAUCAGGUGUGUGCAGCCAGGCUUGGGCGCCAGAUUUGACCCAAUGUGGACAAAUUUCCCACGUCCACACAUGAGGUCAAUCUGCCGCCCAUGCCUGGCUGCAGACACCCACCCUAAUCAGUGCGCUGCUAACACGUCCGCUGCGAUUGGCACAGAUUUGACUUUCACUAGUAGCCUGAUAACAUAUACUCCCAGGUCUUUCUCUGCCUCUGUGGUGGAUAGUGGAGUGUUUCCCAUGUGGUAUUGGUGUGCUGGAUAUCCCUUCACUGGUAGCCUGGUAACAUAUACGCCCAGGUCUUUCUCUGCCUCUGUGGUGGAUAGUGGAGUGUUUCCCAUGUGGUAUUGGUGUGCUGGAUAUCCCUUCACUAGUAGCCUGAUAACAUAUACUCCCAGGUCUUUCUCUGCCUCUGUGGUGGAUAGUGGAGUGUUUCCCAUGUGGUAUUGGUGUGCUGGAUAUCCCUUCACUGGUAGCCUGAUAACAUACACUCCCAGGUCUUUCUCUGCCUCUAUGGUGGAUAGUGGAGUGUUUCCCAUGUGGUAUUGGUGUGCUGGAUAUCCCUUCACUAGUAGCCUGAUAACAUAUACUCCCAGGUCUUUCUCUGCCUCUGUGGUGGAUAGUGGAGUGUUUCCCAUGUGGUAUUGGUGUGCUGGAUAUCCCUUCACUGGUAGCCUGGUAACAUAUACUCCCAAGUCUUUCUCUGCCUCUGUGGUGGAUAGUGGAGUGUUUCCCAUGUGGUAUUGGUGUGCUGGAUAUCCCUUCACUGGUAGCCUGGUAACAUACACUCCCAGGUCUUUCUCUGCCUCUUUGGUGGAUAGUGGAGUGUUUCCCAUGUGGCACUGGUAUGCUGGAUAUCCCUUCACUGGUAGCCUGGUAACAUACACUCCCAGGUCUUUCUCUGCCUCUUUGGUGGAUAGUGGAGUGUUUCCCAUGUGGUAUUGGUGUGCUGGGUAUCCCUUCACUGGUAGCCUGGUAACAUACACUCCCAGGUCUUUCUCUGCCUCUGUGGUGGAUAGUGGAGUGUUUCCCAUGUGGCACUGGUAUGCUGGAUAUCCCCUCCCAAGGUGCAGUACUUUACAUUUUUCUUCAUUGAAUUGUAGCAGCCACUUUUUGUUCCUUUCCUGUUGCUAAGUGAGGUCUUCUUAUAGGAAAUCCACAGUCAAGGGGUUAACGGUGACAGCAUCGUCUUAGUGCCAGCCAGACAGUGAUGGUUCCCAGGGCAGCCAAACAGUGACAUAAACUGCUGUGGGAAGCUUUAAAAUUGGUGCAUCAGGAAUGAGAGCAUUUCAAGCUUACGACACAUAUCCCUUACAUAAAAUCAAAAUAUAUUAGUAUUUCCAUGAGAGAAAGAGAGAGAGAAUCCUUUUCCCAACUCAGACUUUGGUGAAGAGAUUAAAUUUGUAUUAGUAUUAAGUAAAUAAAUAAAUGAUAGAAAAAAAUGGCUUGAGUCUAGGCCCCUGAGAGAGAGAGAAAGAGAGUGUUGUGCUUGCCACUCAUCUUUUUCUUGUAUAUUUGAAUUCGUGAAGCAUCAGUGACGUGGCAAUAACAGUUUAAAAUCUCAAAGUGUGUACCUCAGUGCUGGGGAUGGACCCGGACCCUUGCAAUAAAAGUUGGGGCAGCACAUCAACAGAGUCCCUUAUGAGCAGCUCCUCCUCCUGUAUAAUAUGGAAGCAGAAGGAAGUGUAAAUGAAAGUAAAAGUGUGUAUUGAACAAGUGCAUUAGUCUCAUCAUCAGUCAUCAUUCCCUCAAUGUCCACACUGUUAGGCUGGGACGUCAGGUGUAGUGCCGCAGAAUUGGCCCCUGGCACGAUGGUUGAAUUUGCUUGCUGCCCUGGCUUGUACUCUGAAGGCCUGGGUUCCCUCAGUGCACGUACGAGACUAGUGAAACAUUAUUAUUAUUGUUAUUAGUAUUAUCUGUCAUGGAAAUACACAAUGACAAAACUAAUGCAUCUGUUCAAUAUACACCCAUACCUUAAUAUACUUUCUCUUGCAUGCAAAUUAUAGGGGAAGGAGAUGGGAAGAUUUAGAAGAGGAAAAAUAGGAGGAGGAGGAACUAAGGAAAAAUAUUAUCGAUGAGGAUUUGCAUGAGAGGAACGAAGGAAGAAAACAUAGAAAAUAAGAAAGGAGGAGGAACACAAAGGAACACAAAGCAACACAAAGGAAGAACAAACAACAGCAGACCUGCUGGUCCUUACGAGGUUGUUUGUGACAAGCUACACUAACUAUCUAAUCAAAGGUGGAAGAUGAAGGACAGCAAAGGCGAAGGCUCCUCCCCACCCCCCCAUCCCUCCAGCCAAAGCUGGCAGGAAAGGAAAAAGAACCAUGCAGCAUGGAAAAACUGCAUGGAAUUUAUGUAGGAAAGAGGAAAGAACUACCAUUACUGCUACCACUAACCGGGCGAUAAAAGCGGACAAGGACACCAGUAUUCGAAAGAACUUAACGUUAUUACGACAAUGAGUAAUAUCUAAGUUGCUGGUUGGAUUCAAAACACUUGUCUAAUCUAUUCUUGAAGGCCGUAACUGUUGUACUAUCAACGACAUCACAAGGUAGAGAGUUCCAAACAUUAACAACUCGAUUGAAGAAGAAGAAGUGUUUAGCUUCGUGCGACGAGAAUAUUUUACCACUUAUCUUCAAAUUGUGAUUUCUUCUUGUUCUAUUUGAUCGAUCAAUUGUAAAGUAAUCUUCCGCAUUAAUAUCACUGAAUCCUUUGAACAUUUUAAACACUUCUAUUAGAUCGCCUCGCAUUCUUCGUUUUGAUAGGCUGAAUAAAUUUACUUCUUUAAGCCUUUGUUCAUAUGACAAAUUUAUCAACCUAUGAAUCAUCUUUGUUACUCUUCGUUGGACCCGUUCCAACUUUUCUAUGUCUUUUCUGUAGUAGGGAGACCAAAACUGUACACAGUACUCUAGACGGGGUCGAACCAACGAAUUAUACAGUUUUAAUAUUACUUUUUCCGAUUUAUUAUUAAAGACUCGUCCGAUGAAGCCAACCAAUUUGUUUGCAGUUUUAACUACCUCUGAACAAUGCUGACCGGGCUUUAAAUCGCUUGAUAUAGUGAUUCCAAGAUCCUUUUCUUUACUUACUGCAGAAAGUUGUUGGCCAUUCAUUACGUACCGAACGCGAUUGUUAUUUUUUCCGAUGUGCAACACUUUACAUUUGUCAACGUUAAAUUUAAUUUGCCAUUGAUUGGCCCAACGUGCAAGUCGAUCUAUAUCUAAUUGUAAAGCUUCU